AUGCGGAAGAGCCAGGGAUAUCGAAUAUCUGCUUUGGUGUUGUUGAUGCUGGUCCUGGUGUUUGGAGGAGGACACUCUCAGGCACAAAGAGCUGGCUGUAAGAAUGUCCAUUACGACUUGGUCUUCAUCUUGGACACAUCUUCAAGUGUAGGCACUAAGGACUUUGAGAAGGUCCGCCAGUGGGUCUCUAACCUGGUGGACACUUUUGAGAUUGAACCGGACAAGACUCGGGUUGGGGUAGUAAGGUACAGCGGUAAACCCUACACAGAAUUCGACCUGGGAAGAUAUCAGACUCUUGAGGACGUGAAGGAGGCUGCCAGGAAUAUUAAGUACUAUGGAGGAAACACGAACACCGGAGAUGCUUUGAGAUACAUCACGACGUACAGCUUUUCCGAGGAGGCGGGUGGGCGACCCAAAGAACGUGCCAUUAAAAAGGUUGCCAUUUUGCUAACAGAUGGCAGAAGUCAAGACCUGGUGCUGGAGCCCGCCACGGCAGCACAUAAGGCUGGAAUUAGGAUUUUUGCUGUAGGUACUGGGGAGGCGCUCAAGGAAGAACUGGAGGAAAUAGCUUCGGAGCCCAAAUCAGCCCAUGUUUUCCAUGUCUCUGAUUAUAACGCCAUUGAUAAAAUCAGAGGGAUUUUGAGAAGAAGACUCUGUGAAAAUGUCCUCUGUCCAAAUGUCAGAAUCGAGGGUGACCGUUUUAAACACAAUAAUGGAGAAAAAGAUGAAAUUCCAGGUUUUGACCUGAUGGAACUCUUCAACGUCAAAGAAGUAUUUGGAGCAAAAGAUGGUGGAGCACAGAGCUCCUAUGUACGCCUCGGAACAUACCCCAUCGUCCAGAAGACCGAAGACAUCUUCCCGCAGGGUCUGCCGGAUGAAUAUGCUUUUGUAACAACCUUCAGGUUUAGAAAGGCCUCCAGGCGGGAGGACUGGUACGUCUGGCAAAUCAUUGACAAAUACGGAAUACCGCAGGUCUCGCUGAGGUUGGAUGGAGAGAACAAGGCUUUGGAGUACAGCUCGGUGGGAGUCAUAAAGGAUGCAGUGAAAGCUAGCUUCCGCAAUGCCCAAGUCAGCGAUCUGUUCGAUCGGAACUGGCACAAGAUCGCCAUCAGCGUGCAGGCAAGGACGGUCACCUUGUACAUUGACUGCAAGCUGGUCAUGACUUUGCCCAUCGAAGACCGAGAGAACAUUGACAUCCAGGGGAAGACGGUGAUCGGAAAACGUCUGUAUGACAGCGUUCCUGUUGAUUUCGACCUCCAACGUAUCGUCAUCUACUGUGACUCCCGACAUGCUGAACUGGAGACCUGCUGCGAUAUCCCCAAUGGACCUUGUGUUCUGACUGUAGUCACAAAUCCCACUCCGAUCAUAUCGACACCAACAGCAAUGGAGCAGAGGGGAACCGAAAACAGCACUAUCAACUGCUCCCAUUGCCAAUUUGGGGAGAAGGGUGAAAUUGGCCUUCCUGGUCCCGAAGGUCCAAUGGGCCCAAAGGGAGAAAUCGGCAGUCUGGGGCCUAUGGGACCUGUUGGUCCAAAAGGAGAGAAAGGAGAACCCAGCAGAAGUUUUGCAUCAAAAGGAGAGAAAGGUGACCAGGGAGAAGAAGGAAAAGCGGGCAUUCCUGGAAUAAGAGGAGAGAAAGGAGAGAAGGGAUCUUUUGGGCCCCCUGGACUAGCUGGCAGAGAGGGAGCCAAAGGAGAGAGGGGCGACAGAGGUGAAAGAGGGGAGAUCGGAGUCGCGGGACCUCCGGGACCGGCGGGACUAGAUGGACCCAGAGGACCACCAGGAGCUCCUGGACCAGUGGGCGCCCCUGGUUUGCAAGGAGAGCGAGGAGAAAGAGGCAGUAGAGGGGAGAAGGGUGAAAGAGGUAUAGACGGGUUCCCUGGGAAGCCAGGCUCUGAAGGUAAAGAGGGUCUUAAAGGAGCCAUUGGUCUACCAGGUCUAAAAGGACUUAAAGGAGACAGGGGUGAUAAUGGAGCAGCAGGACCUCCCGGACUUCCUGGCAACGUUGUACAGCAGGAAGGACUGAAAGGAGAAACGGGAGCUCCUGGGCCGCGAGGACCUCAAGGUCCCUUAGGACCAACUGGACCGCCUGGACCUGAAGGCCCCAAGGGCACCGCCGGACUCCCUGGACUUGAAGGACAGCGGUGGAAACUGAUUUUGGCCGCCCGGCUGCGAGCUCACUGCGUUCCGCUGGAAGUUUUCCCGCGCAGAGAAAACACAUUUCAGCAAAGAGCGCGGACGAUACGGCGGCCGGGAGUUUUCCACUCACUUCCUGUUCAGGGUCCUCCCGGGCCGACCGGCGUUGCUGGACCACCAGGUGAUGUGGGCAUCCAGGGGUUGCCUGGCGAAAUUGGCUUUCCUGGCAAGCCUGGCAAACUUGGAUCACCGGGUUCUCCCGGAAAAGACGGGAUAGAUGGUGUGGAUGGGAAACCGGGGCAGAAGGGUGAACAAGGUGAACGCGGCUUGGAUGGAAUUCCUGGACAAGUUGGCCUUAAGGGCCAACGUGGUGAGCAUGGACCCUCCGGUACCCCUGGACACAAGGGUGACGUUGGCCCUCCAGGAUUGGCUGGAGCUCCUGGCUUGAGAGGAGAAAAGGGAGACCUGGGUGAAAAGGGAAAUAUUGGAGCUUCAGGGCUGAGAGGUGAAAAGGGAGACAAGGGUAUUGCCGGCCCCCCUGGAUUACCGGGAACAGCGGGAACGGUAAAAACGGUGGUCGGCGAGCCUGGAAUCCCCGGUCUUCCAGGAGAAAAAGGAGAGAAGGGAGAACAAGGAAAUGUCGGAGAUCUAGGACCCAGAGGGCCGCCGGGAGAUGUGGGACCUAUUGGACCUGCAGGACCACAGGGCCCCAAAGGACAAGACGGAGAUAAAGGAGAGCGUGGACCAAAGGGAGAUGGUGGUCCAGUCGGCCCUGCCGGACAACCUGGAGCCCGGGGGUUACCAGGAAAUGUGGGAAGUCCAGGAGAUAACGGCCCAGCAGGAAAAGAUGGACAGAAGGGUGAAAAGGGUGAGCCUGGCAAAGAGGGAAAAGUCGGACCUCCGGGCCUUCAAGGGCAAACUGGACUUGCCGGUUUGCCAGGAUUACCAGGAAAAGGCAAAGAUGGUGAACGGGGAGAGCGAGGAUUUACUGGGCCCCAAGGACAAUCUGGAUCGAAAGGGGAUCGAGGUUCUCCAGGUAUUCCUGGCCAGCCUGGUGCCCGAGGACCUCCAGGAAUAGGCAUUGAUGGUACUCCGGGCUCGCUAGGACCUCCAGGAGAAAAAGGGGAACAGGGUCCUAGAGGACUUUCUGGUCCACCAGGCCCUCAGGGCCCCCCAGGACAAGAUGGCUUCCCAGGAAACCCAGGAGAGGCAGGACCUCCAGGUGAACCGGGUCCGGCUUCUGUCCUCUCCCCGGGAGACAUGCAACAUCUUUUCAAGGAUGUUUGCAGAGACUGUCCACAAGGUCCCCCAGGGGUCCCGGGAAUACCCGGAUUUAAAGGAGAUAAAGGACUCCGCGGACCACCAGGAAGAGACGGUAUCGAUGGUAAAAAGGGUGAGCCUGGCAUUGUGGGCCCUCCUGGUCCAACUGGCCUUGAUGGCAUGAAGGGCAGCAAAGGAGACCGAGGGCCAGAUGGAGAAGCUGGACCAAAAGGUGAACAGGGUAUUCCCGGCAGGCCAGGCUUCAUCGGAUCUCAGGGUAAUUCAGGACCGCCCGGACCUGAUGGCCUUCCUGGACCCAUUGGACCUCCUGGCCCCUCUGGAGAGAAAGGCAAAGAGGGCCCUCCUGGACCUCAAGGACCUCCCGGAUUACCUGGACUAACAGGCAUCGCCGGAAAAGAUGGAAAGGACGGCAAGCCAGGCUCGCCAGGGGAAGCAGGAAAGCCAGGAGAACCAGGCCCACUGGGAAGAGAAGGAGCACGAGGACUUCCGGGUUUCAAGGGCCACAGAGGUGAUGCUGGUAUUCCCGGCUCCAGGGGAGAGCCCGGUGCAACAGGACCUCCAGGGCGGGAAGGAACAUCAGGAAAAGAUGGAGACCCCGGACCACCUGGACAUCAGGGUCCGAGAGGAAUUCGUGGACCUCCUGGUAAGAACGGAGUAGCUGGCCCUCCAGGGAACCCAGGAGCUCCGGGCUCGAUGGGCCCCAAAGGAAGCCAAGGUGACGCAGGCACUGCUGGGAUCCCAGGAUUUCAAGGACCUAAAGGACCACCGGGAGGACCUGGAGAGAGUGGUCCCACUGGAAAAGAGGGUCCUUCUGGCAAACCAGGUGAUCCAGGACCCAAGGGAGAAAGGGGAGAUCCUGGUAACAAAGGAGAUAAAGGCAUGCAGGGAGAGAAAGGUACACCGGGAGAACCUGGAAAGCCAGGACACAAAGGUCACACUGGACUCAUGGGCCCAGUUGGGCCAUCAGGGGAGAGAGGAUCAUCGGGCCCACCCGGGUCACCAGGAGCUCCAGGACUAAAUGGGCCAAGGGGUGACCCGCCUUCAACAGAAACUCUAAGGAGACUUAUUCAGGAAGAGCUGGGAAAACAGCUCGAUGCAAAAUUAGCCUACCUCAUGUCUCAGAUGCAGCCAGCACCAAUCAAAUCGGCUCAGGGCAGGCCGGGACCUCCAGGACCUUCCGGGAAGGACGGAAAUGAUGGCAGAUCAGGGCCCCCUGGAGAGCCGGGAAUACCAGGGCGUAUGGGGCCUGAAGGGCCUUCAGGACCAAUGGGUCCGAAAGGUGAAAGGGGAGCUAAGGGGGAGAGAGGAGAAUUCGGAGUUGGACAGAGAGGUGAAACAGGUCCUCCAGGAAUCCCGGGUAUCCCUGGAGAACCCGGCUAUGCCAAAGAUGGGAUACCAGGUACUCCAGGUCCUCAAGGUGAAUCAGGAAUACCAGGACUUUCUGGACCUCCAGGCCCUCCAGGCCCCAAUGGACAGUGUGACCCAUCACACUGCGCAUACAUUGCUAGCCUUGGAUCAAGACCUGGUAAUGUCAAAGGACGGUGAGACCAAUGGAGACCCAGGAACACUUGAGUCUGAAACUUGAAUUUAUUUGCUGUUUUGAAAAAAGAAAAAAAAAGACGCAUCCAAAAUGAAGGGUCCUGACAGGC